CUUCGACUGGUCACGGGUUCCACGGGGCCUAAACUGGUCAGAACAUAUCUUACCUGCUUCAUACCUUGUUCUCGUGACUGUUACUCUGUUCUCUGGUCAUCGAGGAAGAUAAUGUUAUCUAACUUUAAGCCUAAGAGAGGAAAUAGCCAGAGGAUUAUCUCCCCUGGUUUGAGCAGAGCUGACUCCUGACAAGGAAACAACAAAAGUCUGUAUCUGGUUUGAGACGACAUUCGAGGCAAGGGCACCAUGAAGCCACGUACUUGAGAGUUUCGAUUCAGGUUGCUUUUUGCUCCAGGAGAAAAUAAUGGCUUCUGUUGCAGUUGAUCUACAACCGAGUGUGGUGGUAAGGGUGGCCAGCCUGCCCUUGGUGAGUUCCACUUAUGAUCUGGUGUCCUCAGCCUAUAUCAGCACGAAGGAUCAGCACCCCUACCUGAAGUCUGUGUGUGAGAUGGCUGAGAAGGGUGUGAAGACCAUGACCUCAGUGGCCAUGACCAGUGUUCUGCCCAUUAUGCAGAAGCUAGAGCCACAAAUUGCAGUUGCCAAUACUUACGCCUGUAGGGGGCUGGACAGGAUCGAGGAGAGACUGCCCAUCUUGAACCAGCCGACAACCCAGGUUGUCGCCAGUGCCAGAGGUGCCAUGACUGGGGCAAGAGAUGCUGUGACAAAGACUGUGACUGGGGCGAAGAGUUCCGUGGCCAGCACAAUCACAGGGGUGAUGGACAAAACCAAGGGAGCAGUGACUGACAGUGUGGAGAAGACCAAGUCCAUGGUUAAUGGCGGCAUUAACACAGUUCUGGGGAGUCGGAUGAUGCAGAUCAUGAGCAGUGGAGUAGAAAACGCACUUAGCAAAUCGGAGAUGCUGGUAGACCAGUACCUUCCUCUCACGGAGGAAGAGCUAGAAAAAGAAGCAAAAAAAGUAGAAGGAUUUGAUGUGGUUCAGAAGCCAAGUUACUAUGUUAGACUGGGGUCCCUGUCCAGCAAGCUCCGCUCCCGGGCCUACCAGCAGGCAUUCAGAAGGGUUAAAGACGCCAAGCAGAAAAGCCAAGAGACCAUUGCUCAGCUCCACUCUACUGUCCACCUGAUUGAAUAUGCCAGGAAGAAUGUGCAUAGCGCCAACCAGAAAAUUCAGGACGCACAGGACAAGCUCUAUCUCUCAUGGGUGGAGUGGAAGAGAAGCAUUGGCCAUGAUGACACCGACGAGUCCCACUGUGCUGAGCACAUCGAGUCACAUACUCUUGUCAUUGCCCGCAACCUGACUCAGCAGCUGCAGACCACAUGCCACACCCUGCUGUCCAGUGUCCAAGGGUUACCGCAGAACAUCCAGGAUCAGGCCAAGCACUUGGGGGUGAUGGCUGGUGACAUCUACUCCGUGUUCCGCAAUGCUGCCUCCUUUACAGAAGUGUCUGACAACCUCCUAACUUCUAGCAAAGGGCAGCUGCAGAGAAUGAAGGAAUCUUUAGAUGAUGUGAUGGAUUAUCUUGUUAACAACACACCCCUCAACUGGCUGGUAUUUGAUUUCACAGCCAUAGACCUGACAUCGGAGACUGAUGAAAUUCCUGAUAUUAUACCUUUGGAGGAGGAGGAUGAAGCAAAUCAUUCACAUGCUAAAGAUGUGUCUUCUCAGGGCAAAAUGUUGAAUAACUAACAUACAAAACAUUGCCGCUUUUGGUUGAAUAUAAAAUUUGUAUCACAUUAAACUUCAUGUUUGCUCAUGUGUUUGUUCCUGUGGCUUUUGAGAAUGUUAAUCUAUGUUUUGGCUACUUGAUUUUAACUGCAAUGAAUCUAAUUGAACUAAACUUUUGUAAAACAUCUGUGUUAGUUUUCAAAGUUGAAUUGCUGUUUCCAGGCAUGGUGGCACACGUGUGUAAUCCUAGUACUUGCGGUGCUGAGGUUCUCAAAAAACCAAAAGAAGAAAAGAAAAGAAACCAGAGACUUAGCUCAGGGGCAGAAGCACCUGCCUGUCAAGUGUGAGGUUGUGAUCCCUAGUACCAAAACAAAACAAAACAAAAAAAAGUUUAAUCACUUGAAAUGCUUAUAAUAAAAAUUGAGCUAUGUCACCUUGAA